AUGGCUACGGGAGAGCAGCGGAGGCAAGAGCAGCGGCGUCGGCGCCGGAGGGCUCAGCAGCAAGAGCUGCUCCUGGCAGACAACCUGGGCAAGCACCCCCUGCAGAACAGGUGGGCAUUGUGGUUCUUCAAGAACGACAAGAGCAAGAUGUGGCAGGCGAACCUGCGCCUUGUCACCAAGUUCAGCACUGUGGAGGACUUCUGGGCGCUGUACAGCCACAUCCAGCUUGCCAGCAAGCUCACAUCGGGCUGUGACUACUCCCUCUUUAAGGAUGGCAUUGAGCCCAUGUGGGAGGACAGUCAGAACAAGCGCGGUGGGCGCUGGCUCAUCACCCUGGCCAAGCAGCAGCGGCACACCGAGCUGGACCGCUUCUGGCUGGAGACGCUGCUGUGCCUCAUUGGGGAGAUGUUUGAUGAGUACAGCGAUGAGGUGUGCGGGGCUGUCAUCAACAUCCGUGCCAAGGGGGACAAGAUCGCCAUCUGGACGCGGGAAGCGGAGAACCGGGAAGGGGUCACCCACAUCGGGCGUGUCUACAAAGAGCACUUGGGCCUCUCUCAGAAGGUGGCCAUUGGGUACCAGGCCCAUGCAGACACGGCCACCAAGAGCGGCUCCCUCACCAAGACCAAGUUUGUGGUGUGACUGCGGGGGGAGUGGGGCACUGCCUGUGGGGUCCCCCUGUCCUGUUCCACAAUGAAUGGCUGCAGCU